AUGGCUAAAAAAAGAGCUCGCUUCGCUCAAGAUCUGUCUCAUAAGUCCAAGAAACGCCAGCGGGUUGAGGCUACUGGAGAUGACGGAGAAAUCGUCGGAAUUGACCAGCUCGAUUGGAAAGAGGUCGCCUUGCCUGACCGAUUAGAGGAUGCAGAGGGAUUCUUCGGUUUGGAGGAAAUUGAUGGUGUGGACCUUGUGCGGCCGAUAGGAAAUGGAGAGAUCAAAUUUAAGGCUGCCAGGAAUAGGGUGAAGAAGAAUGUUGCCAACAGUAUAUCGUCAAAUACGGAACACGAGGACGGUGAAUGGAGUGGGAUUUCGGACGAUGAAGAACCUGCAGAUGACAAGGUACAUAGCGGCAAAGGAAAACAAACAAAUGUGGAUAAAAUUGAGACAAAGGAAGAUAAAGAGAAGAAAUCAAAGAAGCAGAGUAAAAAGGACGUGAAGCUUAUGGAUGCCGAAAUCCAGAGCAAAAAAAAGCCUGCCCCCAAACAUGAUAUCCAAUCGGGAAUAUCGUUUGAGGCUUUGGAGGACGAGGUUGACGGGGACGAAGUGGACGUCUCACGCUGGGACCCUCUGGACAUAUCGGCAGAGAUUCAGACAAGCCUGUCGAAGCUCAGAUUUGCAAAGCCCACUCCGAUCCAGACAGCUUGCAUACCCCUUAUCGCUUCAGGUCAUGACGUUGUUGGGAAAGCUUCAACAGGUUCUGGCAAGACGUUGGCAUUUGGUAUUCCUAUAUUGGAAUACUAUCUAAAGAAUCGCUGCGAGGAACCAGUGCAGCAUAAUCAUGGAGAGUUGUCGAGCAAAUAUCCGAUUGCGCUGAUCCUAUCACCGACCAGAGAGCUCGCCCACCAACUAUCUAAACAUAUUACGGCACUCUGUACCAAUGCCCCUAACAUAAACGCGAGAAUAGCUUUGUUGACUGGUGGUCUUUCCGUUCAAAAACAACAACGAGUUCUGGCAAAUGCGGAUAUUGUUAUUGGAACACCAGGUCGUUUAUGGGAUGUUAUCAGCACUGGACAUGGCUUAUUACGAAAGUUUCAAAAUAUCAAGUUUCUUGUUAUCGAUGAAGCUGAUCGACUGCUCAGUGAAGGACACUUCAAGGAGGUAGAGGAGAUACUAACUGCCCUUGAUAGAAAGGAAAUCCAUGACAAAGUUACUGCUGAUUCGGAGAGUGAGGAUGAUGCUUCCAAGGUGUCUCCUAGGCAGACACUCGUUUUCUCAGCAACCUUUCACAAAGGAUUGCAGCAGAAGCUGGCGGGAAAGGGUCGUUACUUUGAUGGAGAUCUACUCGAUGACAAGCAGUCGAUGGAAUAUCUCCUCAAAAAGCUCAAUUUCAGAGAAGACAGACCGAAAUUCAUUGACGUGAAUCCAGUUGCUCAAAUGGCGGAGAACCUCAAGGAAGGUCUUGUGGAAUGUCCGGCUAUGGAGAAGGACUUAUAUCUUUACACCCUCAUGCUCUACCACCCGCAACACCGUACACUGGUAUUCACAAAUUCUAUCUCUGCCGUCCGCCGCCUAACAGUCUUCCUCCAAAAUCUCAAUCUCCCCGCCCUUGCCUUACAUUCCUCCAUGGCCCAGAAGGCUCGUCUCCGCUCUGUCGAACGCUUUUCCUCUCCAACCGCGGACCCCUCCUCCAUCCUAGUCGCAACUGACGUCGCCGCUCGAGGUCUGGACAUCAAAGGUAUCGACCUGAUCAUUCACUAUCACGUCCCCCGCACUGCAGAUACAUACGUGCACCGCUCCGGCCGCACAGCCCGCGCCUCCGCCUCGGGAAAAUCCAUCCUCCUCUGCGCACCCGAGGAAAUCGUCGGCGUGGCGCGCCUAGCUGCGAAAGUCCACGCUUCCUCAACUACAUCGUCAUCUUCAUCUGUGACGAAGCGCCUCCCUCUGCACUCCGUCGAUUUGGACAGGCGCGUCAUUGCGCGUGUGCGCCCUCGCGUUGCCCUCGCGAAGAAAAUAACGAACCACACGCUUGCGAAGGAAAAGUUAUCGUCUGAAAAUGAUUGGCUGCGGUCCGCGGCGGAUGAUUUGGGGGUUGAUUACGACAGUGAGGAAUGGGAUCCCACGGCUAAGGGGAAGGGACAGGUGGAAGGGGGAGAGGCGGUGGGAGAGAGGUGCGUGAAAAAGCGUUCGGGAAGUAUGACGAAGGCAGAGGUUACGGCUCUCAAGGCUCAGCUGAGGGAGUUGUUGAGGAAGCGGAUUAAUAUGGGGGUAAGCGAGAGGUAUUUGACAGCAGGUCGUGUGGAUAUUGAGGCCUUGCUGGCUGGAGGGGGGAACAAGGCAUUCCUGGGACAGGUAGGGGAGUUGGAUUUCUAG